CCCUACUCGUCCGCUACCGUAUCGCAAUGCAGACACUAACCAUUCCUGCCUCUGUCAGUAAACGUAAGCAGGCCUGUAAAAGCUGCCGGCAGCGCAAGAAGAGAUGCGAUAACACCCGAGUUGCUCGUUAUGCAAAAAGUUGAAUCUCAGAUGCGACUACACUGUCACGGCUUCAGUCCGAGAUGAUGAUACGUCAUCAACGAGCCGAACAGAGCAUCAUGUUUCGGCAUCACCGGUUCGAACGCAAGGCUUCGACACGAUGCUGGCUGAGUCACUGGACUUCAUGCAGUUCUCGGGCAUGAGCUUCGAUCUUCCCGGCUUCACUCUCUCAGAAUCUGUAGCUCCUAGUGCACAAUACCCUACUCCAGGAUUUACCGCAGAGCAUUCGGGUAGUACGCUAGGUUUGGAAAUAUUAGAGAGCCUUCAGCUACCUCCACGACCUAUCAUUCUCCAACUUGGAGAGCUCUUCUUCGAACAUCUGUACCAUAUAUUCCCUUGCUUCCACAAGAAGAGCUUUCUAGCGAAGCUUGAAUGUGGCGACUUGGAGAAAGAUGCACCGCUUCUCCUAUAUGCCAUGUGCAGUGUAACAGCCAGAUAUCACCCAGAAACCUCGAUUCGAAAGCGCUCGAAAGAAUGGUACGAACAAGCACGCUUUUCCUACGAUUUGACCAGGCGAAGACCAGACCCGGCUGUGCGCACGAUACAGGCCGUACUACUUCUUGUCUUUCAUGCUUGGACCAUUGGCGACUACUCUACUAGUUGGCUUUUCUUGGGGAAAGCCUGGAGACAGGCUGUCGUGCUCGGCUUGAACCGCAUGGAUGCUAGCGACCACCUCUCUGAGACAAGAGCCAUUAGCGAAUACUCAUGUGCUUCUGGUAAAAUCGACAUUGAGUCAGCACUCGAGCGAGAAGAAUCCCGACGAGCACUUUGGCUACUCUUCAUCAUGGAUCGAAUGCAUGCAUGGCCAACGGGUUGGCCCAAUGCUAUACCAGAGAUACAAUUCAAGGUCGAUAUACCGGUUGCCGAAGCGAUUUUCCAGGGCAUGAACCUUGAUCUGAGGGAUAGCCCCUUCGUCAACGUACCGUUUACGAGGAACAUGUCGCGUCUCGUAAACGCCGUAUCGGUUUCCAAGGACUCACCGAACGUUUUCCACUAUGUGAUUGUAGCACACGUCCUGCUUGGCCGAGUCUCCGAACUGGUGCACUCUCUCCACACCUCUCCAGACAGCCUUGAAUACGCUGAAGAUUGCACGGAAUUAGACGACAUGAUUGUCAAAUUUCAUCUCAGCCUCCCGCGCACAGCGAGUUCGAUCCUGGAAGCGUCACCGGCUGACCGCGGUCAUGUCGCAUGGCUACACAUUAUCCUGAACACUAUGACUAUUCUACUUCAUUACCGACGUAAUAAAAAUGUAUCAGUCGAGGAAUCGGCUUCGCAGUUCACGCUUGCUGUGAUAGCGGCUCGGAAUGUUGCGCAAAUCGUCAAAGAUGCAUCGCGCAUUUCCAUCGAUCUUCUACUCUCUGCACAUAUCGCGUCGUCGCUAUAUAUUGCAGCCUGCGUACUCGUUAUUCAGUGGCGUCUUACCGGCGACAGUAGCUUUAAAGAGGACGUAGACUUGAUCGCACUUCUAUUCGGACGCAUGGAUGAAGUGUUCAGCUUUCUGGGUUUGAAGUUCAAGAUUGCGCUUGAGCAUGAUGUGCAAAAAAGCCUUGAAGACCUACAAAGUCUGCGGAAGCGGGGCUUUAAGGGUAUGUUGGCUGAUUGCACCAAGUGGACUCAUGUCAGAGAAGAAGUCGAGAGAAGGGUACCGACCAACAAUCGUCCGCCAUCACUAUUCACCUGCGUUCCAUUCGCGAACCGAUCCUUCAUAAUCCAGCCAUAAGCCUCCGCAAUAUCUUCUGGCCGCCCAAAUUCACCCGUCAGGCUGAACCCUUUCUUCAUCUUCUCAAUCGUCUCAGGGGAAGAGCUUCCCAAGAAAUCUUGGAAUAACUCCGUAUGGA